AACGAUAUCGACUUCCAUAAUUAUCACUAGCUCAGAUAUCUUCCCAAGCUAGCCAUGUAUAUCCGUUUCUUGGUGUCUUUAACCCUUCUUCUCGGUCUAUUCUUCGUCAAUUCAAAUACCGCAGCUGGACAGCAAGUCGGCGUUUGCUACGGAAGAUUCGGCGACAAUCUCCCCUCGCCGGCAGAAACCAUUGAGCUCUUCAAACAGAAAAACAUCCGGCGAAUUAGGCUUUACAGCCCGGACCACGACGUUCUUGCCGCCUUACGUGGCUCCGACAUCGAAGUAAUGUUGGGCCUUCCUAACCGGGACCUAGAACAAGUGGCCUCGAGCCAAUCCAAAGCCGACAUGUGGGUCCAGAACAACGUCAGCAACUACGUGGAUGACGUUAAGUUCCGUUACGUAUCUGUUGGAAACGAAGUGAAGAUCUUUGACUCUUACUCACAGUUUCUAGUCCCGGCCAUGGAAAACAUCGACCGGGCGGUUUCAAGAGCCGGACUCGGCGAUCGUAUUAAGGUAUCAACGGCGGUAGAUAUGGCAGUGCUCGGAGAGUCUUAUCCACCUUCGAAAGGUUCGUUCAAAGGAGAAGUAAUGGUGCUCAUGGAACCAAUCAUACGUUUCUUGGUGAACAAGAAAUCUCCUUUACACUUAAACCUCUACACUUACUUCAGCUACGCGGGCAAUUCUGACACGAUCGGACUCGAUUACGCUCUCUUCACGGCUUCUCCAGGAACAGUCUCGGACCCUCCAAGAUCGUACCAGAACCUAUUCGAUGCGAUGCUUGAUGCGGUGCACUCUGCUCUAGAGAGAUCCGGUGGUGAAUCAUUGGAAGUCGUUGUGUCGGAGACUGGAUGGCCAACGGAAGGAGGAACCUCGACGAAUUUGGAGAAUGCGAGGAUUUAUAACAAUAAUUUGAUUAACCAUGUGAAGAAUGGGACACCAAAGAGACCAGGGAAAGAAAUCGAGACUUAUAUAUUUGCGAUGUAUGAUGAAAAUGUGAAGCAGACUCCUCCUGAUGUUGAGAAGUUUUGGGGAUUGUUUCAUCCGAACAAGCAGCCUAAGUACGAGGUUAACUUUGGUUGAGCCAAAGUGCCAAAUUAACGUGCCAUCGAAGGGAAUGCUAUAUUUUAUAUUUUACUUUACAUUUUAUAUUGAUGGAAUAAUGGG